AUGAUGAGCAGCUACCAGGACGGCGAGGAGGACACGGUGGCGCUGCUGGCUCAUGACACCAGCGGCAACAAGGAACCGGACCGGGGCAAGGAGGAGCUGAGCGCGGACAAGGGCCCCGAGAAGCCGGACCCCUCGCAGAAGCCCCCCUAUUCCUACGUGGCCCUGAUCGCCAUGGCCAUUCGGGAGAGUGCGGAGAAGAGGCUUACGCUGUCCGGGAUCUACCAGUACAUCAUCAGCAAGUUCCCUUUCUACGAGAAGAACAAGAAAGGCUGGCAGAACAGCAUCCGCCACAACCUCAGCCUCAACGAGUGCUUCAUCAAGGUGCCCCGGGAGGGUGGCGGCGAGCGCAAGGGCAACUACUGGACCCUAGACCCCGCCUGCGAGGACAUGUUCGAGAAGGGCAACUACCGCAGGAGACGAAGGAUGAAACGGCCUUUCCGGCCACCUCCGACCCACUUCCAGCCUGGCAAGACCCUCUUCAGCCCCGACAGCUACGGCUACCUGUCCCCGCCCAAGUACUUGCAGUCCACCUUCAUGAACAACUCGUGGCCGCUGGCGCAGCCCCCCGCGCCCAUGCCCUACACGUCCUGCCAGAUGUCUGGUGGGAACGUCAGCCCCGUCAAUGUGAAAGGACUCUCGGGCCCGGCGUCCUACAGCCCCUACUCACGGGUGCAGAGCAUGGCGCUGCCCAGCAUGGUGAACUCCUACAACGGCAUGGGCCACCACCACCACCACCACCCGCACGCCCACCACCCCCAGCAGCUCAGCCCGGCCAGCCCCGCGCCGCCCGCGGCCCCGGCGGCAAACGGAGCCGGCCUCCAGUUUGCCUGUGCCCGCCAGCCCGCCGAGCUGUCCAUGAUGCACUGUUCGUACUGGGAGCACGACAGCAAACACAGCGCCCUGCACUCCCGCAUAGACAUCUAG